AUGGGAGAGCCAGGAAACGACGCCAAGAAUAGAUUCUGGAAGACAAGACUCCCAAGCAAGAUCCAGAUUUUUGGAUGGAAGCUCAAUAAUGGUUAUCUACCAGUUUUUAGCAACCAGCGAAGAAGAGGUAUUGAGGUUAGCCCGGUUUGCUUGAGAUGUGGUAAGGAGGAUGAGACUGUAACGCAUGCAUUAUGGGGUUGUGAAAAUGCUAAGGCAGUGUGGGACUGUAUGUCCAUUUCGAACAAGUGGAAAUUGGGGGCCCCAAGGCAGCAUCGUGGGUUUUUGGCUAUGAUUGCAGAAGAGGCUGGAUCUGAUAGCUUGGAAAUGGGACUGGUAGCAGCUUGGGCAAUUUGGCAUAGUCAAAAUAUAGAAGUCAUAAACGGAGAAAAACGAGGUCCCAAAGAAAUGGCAAAAUGCGUGGAGGAGGAGGUACACUGGCAGCCACCACCGUAUGGCAGCUUUAAAGUCAAUUUCGAUGGGAGUUUCAAUGCGCAUGGGAGUGGAGGGUGUAUUGGUGUAGCAAUUAGAGACCAUGAAGGACACUGUAUGGGCGUUAUUGCAGCAAAGAUGGAAGACGUGUGUGAUCCCCUAGUGGUGGAAGCCAUAGCAGCCCUCCAAUCUUUUAAGCUAGCUGAAGAUAUGCGACUCCCUCGAGUCAUCAUAGAAGAGACUCUACACAAGUAA